AAAACAGCUAGUGUGUAAAUAUUAGCCUAACUCCAAAACAGCCUGAAAAGCAAACAAAAAAAACUUUUUUUUGUUGUUUUUGUUUUUGAUUUUUAGUUGAAAAAUGAAUGAUACACGGAUUGACCUGUCCUGGGUGUACCCUGUCUUUCCCCAUCAGUAGCCGGGUAGGUCCAGCAUUCCUGUGACCCCGAAGGAGACGAGCGGCCAAGAAGAUGACUGAAUAACAAAAAUGGCUUCAGCGUCUUCAUUGACCACAUUCAGCAAAAAGCAUUCACACCAGCAUUAUUGCAGUGAAAAGGACGUCGCCUACUUUCUGUCAAAUACACGUGUGGCUGUUGAGAGAUCUUGACAGUAAAUGAGUCAACGAGCUGACAUGUCUGAGACAAACGCAGCAGGAGAGAAGACAGAAAUGUCUCCACCACAGGCAGCUGAAGAACCACAGACGGGAAUAUCAAAUGUGCAGAGGGAAACGGAAGCAGUUGCUGGUGUUCUUAGAGACAACUUAAAGAAACUUUUGGACAGACAAAGCAAUUUAGAGGACGUGUUAUCCAAAACGAAGGAAGUGGAAGAAGUGGCAGGCCAGUUAAAGAAGACCUCAAAGAAAGUUGCUUGGUAUUAUAAAUGUAAGAACAUCAAGCUGAUGGUCCUGCUGGUGGUGAUCGGCCUCAUCAUCGUGAUCUUGAUCGUCCUGCUGGCCAUAGGAGUCAUCCCUGUCAACGCACCAACGUCUGCAAAUAUCAGCAGUACCCCCAAACCCUAAGCACACAACAGCCUUCAUCCUGCUCAGAUAUACUGUCAUGUUAAAGACACAGUCUUGUUUUCCACACUUUACAAAACAGUCAGCGUUCAUUAUUUUGCAUAGUAUGAGUUCUUCUAUUUAAUAACGUCCUUCAUGAUCUCUGUAUUUACUUGAAUAUUCUUCCUAAAUUUAAAUAAAAGCACUUAAAGGGUAAAAAAACAAAACCCUAAAUCAACUUUUU